CAGAGUCACGUGAUGCUGCUCAACAAAAAGACAAAAGAAACGGCUGCAGGACCUGAAGAAGAGCAGCCGAUUGACUCCAACCCAAAGAGAAGAACGUCUCUUGAGGAACAUAAACAACUCAAAGACAUGACGACUGGAGGAGCCGGGCAUCGAACCAGCGAGCUUCCGAGUGGACGACCGCUGCAAAACUACAGCUGGGAGUCCUCCCUGCGUCCUGCGUGUCCUCCGGACCAGCAGGGGGCGCUGUGCGCUCCGCCCCCCGCGGAACUCCGUUUGCGCCUCGCGUCAGUUGAGUCCGCAGAAAGCAGUAAAAUGUGCGCCGUGCAGCUGCUGCGGGUGUCGGUCCACGAGCGGAUCAGCGCCGCCGCUGAAGACGUUCUGCUGCGGGUGGAAACGGGAGAAGAACCGGCGGAAGUCCCGGCGCUGAGAGCGCUGCUCACCGAGCGGCUCGCGGCGGCCGCGGAGGAGAUCGUCGGUGUGUUCGAGGAAACCGUGGCGGAGUACGAAGCCAGAGCUGAGCGGGCAGAGCGGGAGGUCUGCCGCCAGAGGAGGCUGCUGGAGGCCGUGCUGAAGCCCGAAGUCCGGCUGCACAGAGCAGAGUGUCCUGCAGACGUCCAAGAAGAGGAACACGAGUGGAGCCCCAGUCUGGACCAGGAGGACCCAGAGCCCACGCAGAUUAAAGAGAAGUGGAGCCCCAGUCUGGACCAGGAGGACCCAGAGCCCACGCAGAUUAAAGAGAAGUGGAGCCCCAGUCUGGACCAGGAGGACCCAGAGCCCACACAGAUUAAAGGGAAGUGGAGCCCCAGUCUGGACCAGGAGGACCCAGAGCCCACGCAGAUUAAAGGGAAGUGGAGCCCCAGUCUGGACCAGGAUGACUCAGAGCCUCCACAGAUUAAAGAGGAACAGGAAGAUCUCUGGACCAGUCAGGAGGGAGAGCAGCUUCCAGGACUGGAGGAGGCUGAUAUCACCAAGUUCACAUUCACUCCCGUCCCUGUGAAGAGUGAAGAAGAUGAUGAAGAGAAACCUCAGUCCUCACAGCUUCAUCAGAGCCAGACUGAACAGAUGGAAACAGAAGCUGAUGGAGAGGACUGUGGAGGAUCAGAACCAGCCAGGGACUCUGAUCCAGAUCAGCUUUUACAACCUAAGACUGAUGAUAAGACUUCCGACUUUUCUGUAGCUGAAAUUGAAGUCAGCUGUGAUGACUGGGAGGAGACCAGGGAACCUCAGUCAGGUCCAAACUCUAAUGAAGACCCUGUUACUGAUGCGAGAUGUAAUUCUCCUGACAAACCGUUUAGCUGCUCUGAGUGUGGGAAAAGAUUUACAAGAAAGGGAUUUCUAGAGACACACAUGAGAACACACACGGGGGAGAAACCGUUCAGCUGCUCAGUGUGUGGAAAGAAAUACACAAAGAAGGGGUAUCUGAUCCAGCACAUGGCGGUCCACAGAGGGGAGAGACGGCACAGCUGCAGCAUCUGUAACAAAAGACUUGUUUGGCACUCGGGGGUCGAAUGCCAUAAGUGUGUUGGUGGGAUUUCACAGCUUCAUCUCGCCUCUUCACCUGCGAGCGGUGGAAGACGUAAUGCUGGUGGCCAAUCCCUGAGCUUCUCAGAGUGUGACAAGAGACUCUGCUACAGUCAUAAUUUGAAGAAUGACUCAGGAACUCAUGCAGAGGAAAAUUUGUUCAGCUGCUCAGUUUGUGGUAGAAAGUUUACACAAAGGGGAUAUCUUAUCCAACACAUGGCGCGCCACACGGGGAAGAUCCGAUUCCGCUGCUGUGUUUGUGACAAAAAAUUUGCUUGGCGUCAUGAACUCAAAAGCCACAAGUGUGCUGGUGAUUCCUCACAGCUUCAGCAGACCGAGAACAGAAGCUCAGCUGAACAGGUGCAAACAGGAGGCGACGGAGGGGGUUCGGAUUCAGAUGACCAGACUUCAGACUCUUCUGAACCCGAGACUGAAGUCAGAGACGAUGGUUUGAAGGAGACCAGAGGGCCUGAGUCAGGUUUAAACGCAGAGACACGUGACAAAGUCCCUGUAAGUGAUGCAGGAAGCAUCACUGGCAAGAAAUCCUUUAUCUGUUCUGAGUGUGGAAAAACAUUCUGCGGUGAGGACAAUCUGAAAGUCCACAUGAGAACUCAUGCAGGAGAGAAACCGUUCAGCUGCUCAUUCUGCGAGAAAGGCUUUACACAAAAAGGAUAUCUCUCCAACCACAUGGCCGUCCACACAGAGGAGAAACGCUUCCUGUACUGUGUUUGUGGCAAAAGAUUCGCUUGGCGUUAUAAUCUCAAAAACCACAAGUGUGCUGGCGAGUCCUCACAGCUUCAUCCUGGUCACACCGAGCGGAACCGAGAGGCAGAGCCUCCGGCCGGCAGCUCCGGCACUAAACUUCAGACUGAGGUGAGUGCAGAUGAGACCAGGGACUCUCAGUCAGGUUUAAACUCUCUCAGGAAGAAGGACGUCCUCGAAGGUGAUCCAGGAAGUGAUCCUGCAGAGAGACCGUUCAGCUGCUCGCAGUGCGGUAAAAGAUUUCGCCGCAAGAAAAAUCUUCAAGAACACAUGAGGAUUCAUACGGGAGAAAAGCCGUACGGUUGUUCAGUGUGUAUGAAGUACUUCUCAUGCAGCGGGUCGCUUCGGAAACACCUGAGAAUCCACACAGGAGAGAAACCGUUCAGCUGCUCGGUGUGCGGGAACCGGUUUACUGAAAGUGGACAUCUGAAGGUGCACAUGAGAACUCACACAGGAGAGAAACCGUUCAGCUGCUCAGUCUGUGGGAAGAGUUUUACCUGGAGGCAAAGCUUUAAUAAUCACAUGAAGUAUCAUUGAGACACGAGCAGUUUGGUGAUACAUACUCUACAUACUGUACAUACAUACAUAUAUAUUUAUAUAUGCUUUGUUGGCAGUUUCUGUCUGAAUGGAAAGGGACUUUGUUGGACGUCAGAGGAUCCAAGAAGCACUUUCAGUUUAAGCGUGAGACCUUCAGGGUCUCAGAAACGUACUGAAGCAGCGUCUUCAUCCAGAUGUUCUUCAGAAACUCGUGCCAAGCGGAGAAGGACGACUUGAAGACCAAUCACAGCUGAGUUCACGGCGCCAUCACAAACACAUGUAUGACCCUGGUUGUUGUGGCCUGAUGGGUCGAUGUCACGUGACUCAGCAGCAGAUCAACGGUGUUUUCGCUCCCUGCCACAGUUUACAGUCAUAUUAAACAGAAAAGAACCAGGUGGGAACGUCUGUCUAAAAACCCAGAAGGUGGAACAAAUCUGUAAAUCCAAAAAUAAAAUCUUCCACGUUGAUUCACUCACAGCGGACUAAAAGCAGCAGGAUAGCUGCCGUGCUGUCAUCAACUCAGUUCUACAUUCCCAGUUAAUGUACAGACCCUUUCACAGUUUGGUGGAUACGUUUUCCUCUGUGCCUGUUUAGUAGAUGAUGAUUCUUAUUCUGUGCUUUAUUUUGCUCUUCCUGGAUCACGUUGUGUCGCUCAGCAUGUCACUAACAGGAAAGAAGAUGGUCAGCUUAAAGAGGUCCUAUUCUGCUCAUUGUCAGGUUCACACUUUGAUUUAGGGGUUGUACCAGAACAGGUUUCCAUGGUUUCAUUGUUAACAGACACAUUGCUGCAGCUCCUCUUUUCUCCCUGUGUGUUGAACGCUCUGUUUUAGCUACCGAGUAAAGCAUCUCACCUCUUCUAGCUCUAUAGCCACGUUUCCACCAAAAGGACCCGGAUCUCUUCUAAAGGAACUAAAAGUAACAGAUCAGUAACCACGAUCCAUGACCAAAAUGUAGACGUGGAAUAUAAUGAGAAGCUGUAGGCUUUGGGUUGGGUAGUACUUUCCAAAAGUACCAGUACCUUGGAUACCUGGCUUUAACUGGAGCAUGUCGGCUGUUUUUCUGCGACUGCUCGUCUCUUUUCCACCGUUGUUUGCAAACCAAUAAAUCAGAGCUGCACGAGUCGUCGCCUGAGAUCGAACGUCUGCAUUAAAUGUGUUGCUGGGAAACAGCAGCCGGCGUGCAGCGGUGUGUUUACAGCGAACAGCCGAUGGAGUCGGGCUAAAUACUGUGUCCUGAGUUGUUGUUGGAAGUUUUUCCACAGAGCUGAAGUUGGUCUCUCCAAAACAAGCAGAGCAGCUGAUUCCAGCAGGCAAUAAAGCUCGUUAAACAUCCUGUUCCUUCGACGCUCAGGCGACACAGACGUGAUGCUGCAGAUCAGCUGGAAAUGUUUUAAUAAGCUUCCAAACUGUUGCUUUCUCUGUGCACGAGUUAUUUUAUGAACGUGAUGGAUUUAUCCAGUUUGUUAUUAUAUUUACAUUUUAUUCAUUUAGCUGACGCUUUUAUCCAAAGCGACUUACAGCUGCUCUACAUGUCAGAGGUCGCACGCCUCUGGAGCAGCGAGGGUUAAGUGUCCUGCUCAGGGACACAAUGCUGGAUGGGUCACAGUGGGGAGUUGAAACCGGGUCUCUCACACGAAAGUCGUGUCUUAUCCACUGCGCCAUCACCAGCCCAUAUCAAAUUUGUAACGAACUUUAUCGGGUCUCUCUCCGUUACAGCUCCCACACAAAAAGCCUCUUUAAUGGUCAAGCAUAGCCUGUAGUUUUCAUUAUAUUCCAGUCAAAUCUGCCUGAUCUUCACAGGUCUUUAGACCGCGGUGGAGACGCACACAACACAGGGCCGAAAGAACCUUUUAGUUCCUUGAAAAGAGAUCUGGGGACUAAAAAGUCCCGAGUCAUUUUGAUCGAAACGAGGCUUUAGGUUUCUGAAGUAAUGGCUGGACUACAAUCCACCUGUGUUCAGUUCAGGAGCAGAGUGUUCUGUGGGAGAUGGGAACUCCCUUUGGGCUGGACAAACCUAUUGCAUGCAGAAAAAAGAUUUAUAACACACUAAAGGAGAGGGGGAAAGCCCAACAGCAGAAUAUGACCUCUUCAGUGUCGGUUUGUGGCUCUGUGGAUCCUUUGUUGAAUGGAAACAAACUUUUUUACUUUACAUCCAAUAUUUCCUCAUGUCUGUAUACUUUAAUAACUGAAUUAAACCACAGGGAUGAAACUGAAGAGUUCCUCUGUUGUUUCUUCUGGGGGAGGACCCACUUAGGCUCGGUGCAUUUCAAGCAGCCGCGUGAAGGAAGUAGCUCGUCACUCUUUGUGAACCGACCAGUUACAGCCUGGAUGGGACAUUGACGCUGGGGACGGGUCCGAUUCAGAACGUCUCCCCCCAGAUUCACUAGAUCAGUGGCGUUGUUAGCCCUGGGUUUUUUGAAAAGCCCCGGACCUCUGAAGGAUUUUUAAAAAACAAACAGCAAAAGGCUGAAAAUUUAUCUUUAAACUUUACUCGCUUCACUAACGUUAUCUGAGAGAGAGAUUAUUGUUAUUAUUUAUUCUCCUGCACAUUAGGGAGAAUAAGAUGAUCCAGCUGUAGCUGUGAGCUGCACUUUAUCAGAGGUGCUGAAAUGAACCUGUGUGGAUUUGUGGUGAGGUCGAUCACCUGAUAGGCAGAGGAGCCAUUAUACAUAUUUCAUUUCAAAAUCUAUGUCUGGUCCCCCCCUCUUUCCAAAUGUAAAGUUUUAUUUGCAUUGCCUUUCUGGCUCAGGCGAUUUCAGAGCUGGCUCAUAGGAGGCGGUUUACUAAGAGACCAGUCAGUCACUCACAGUCCACAUCAGUCGUGGACAAAAUGUAGCCGAUAGAAAUGUUGAGUGAGAAGAAAAGAAGUUGCUGGAGGCCGGAGCAGCUUCUUCUUUUGUGCUGCUGUUACUUCUAGCUGACGGGAGCAGUGAUGGGUCCAUCUAAUGUAGGACUACUCUUAAUUUUGCUACAUUUUCCAUUCAUACCUUUUAUAACUUCAGCAGUCUGUAAUCUGCAUUUUGCUUCAUUAACCAAAAUGAGCUGUGAUCCAGGCUGCGUGCAGUCACACAGUAAAGCUCUGGUCGGGCGCUCGUCACAGUCACAGAACUGGUAGAUGCAAACAUUUAGAAAAUCAGGCAAACAUCUUUUCAGUUUAAGGCUUUAUGUUCUACUAAUACAACUGAAACCCAGUGAGCCACACCAUGGACCUGCAGCCUGCGUCCCACUUUAACAAGCUGGCAAGUGAAAAACUUUCACUUUCUAUUAAUGGUGCAUUAAAAGCGUCUCUGCAGAGCAAAUGAAGACUUCACACUGUAACAUCUGUCAGAUGAUCACUGCACUGACUGAGAUAUAUUAAAAGUGUCCUGUUGCUUUGGA